AUGGUGGCCCUAUAUCAGCGCUUCCAGUCGGAGAAACAAUCGACAUUAAGUGAAUCGCUUGUAGAAUGGGCCUCUUCGAUUUCAAGAUGUUUUUUCGAAUCCCGUUACGCUCGUUAUCAGAAACGGUGCGUCCAGUGGCGGCUCGUUUGGUUGUCGAAGGAACAACGGACCAUUAACCCAUUCGGCGACGUUGGGCUUAGAGAUCAAAUUUUGAAGCUGAGACUGCUACGUUUAGCUUCGUCGGGACCCAGUGAUCGGUUAUAUCGGACCCUUUUAUCCAGGCGAACGCCGACUAGUGCAGCGAUUAGUUCCAUGCGGGGAAUAGAAAGUAGCUUAAGCGCAGCCACUUUGCUUUUUGCUGCAACCGGUAAUGCCGUAAUAUCGUCACCCAUUCGUGUGCGAAUGGAUUUCUUAAAGAAUCAUAUUAAGGCCAAUGGUGAAGCAGGCCUAAAGGCUCUCAUAUAG